AUGUUAUUUACUAGUCAAUUCAAUUUAUUUUUAUGCUUCGUUGUAAAAAUAUCAGCCAUUUCUUACAAUCAACCAAAAUUCUUCUCAAAUUCAUCGUGGAAUCUAAAUGGGACAACAAUAUCUAAUAUUAGCUCCACAGGAACAUAUCCAUAUGAUAUCUUCAUUAAUAAAAACAACACGAUUUAUAUACUGAACCAAAGUAAUGGACAGAUAAUUAUUCAAUAUGAAAAUAAUGCAACAUCAACGAGAAUUAUUUCAACUAAUUUAACGAAUUCAUCAAGUCUUUUUGUUACAAAUGAAGAUGAGAUAUAUCUUGAUACAUUUUAUUCUCUUGGAAGUGUAAGCGAAAUGAUAAUAAAUUCUUCAAUAGCAAUAACUUCAAUAUCAAGAAUGACAUUUUGUCACCAAUGCUCGGAUAUAUUUAUUGAUAUAAAUCGUACAAUUUAUUGUACGUUAACUCAAUCUCAUCAAAUCAUUGCGAAAUCAUUAAUAAAUGAUUGGAAUUAUUUAACAACUGUGGCUGGCACAGGUACUCCUGAUUCAACAGCAACAACACUUCGAAAUCCUUUUGGAAUAUUCGUUGAUACAAGUAUCAAUUUAUAUGUUGCUGAUUGCGGAAACGACCGAAUCCAGUUAUUUUUAUUUGGUGAAUUAACUGGUAUGACAGUAGCUGGAUCCGGUUCAUUAAAUCAAACAAUAUCACUUAGUUGUCCAACGAGCCUGGUUUUGGAUGAUGAUAACUACUUAUUUAUUGUAGAUUCGAAUAAUCAUCGUGUAAUUCGACAGUAUUUGAAUGGCUUUCGAUGUAUAAUUGGAUGUUCAAAUUCAUCUGGCUUCGCAUUCAAUCAGUUGUUACAACCAUGGAGUAUUCAGUUUGAUAGUUACGGAAACAUUUUUGUUACUGACAAUGGAAAUAAACGAAUUCAAAAAUUCGAUCUACUAAUUAAUAACGUCGCCUCUGUGACAACAACUUUAUCAGUCAAUACUACUACAGGCAUGAGUACUACAACCACGAGUACUACAAAACCAUUGUGUACAACGCUCGUUACAUUUGAUCACAUACCUGGUCAAACAUCAACAAUAGGUGUUGUUCCUAAUAAUUAUGAGAGUCUUAAUUGGAAUAAUACAUACUAUCUAAACGUAUCAACAGUGCCAUUAAGUGGCUAUACAAAAGCUCUUGGUUCUUCAUCAUAUGUUGCUACUAAUCAAGGUGGUGGCGUCGUUCGAAUAUCAUCAGUUAAUGGUACAAGUUUUUCUUUUGAUUCAAUUCUAAUAGUAGCUGCUUGGAGAGAUAAUCUAAUCUGGACCAUUAAUCUUUAUCACUUGGGUGUCGUUCAAGUGUCUGGGAGUUUUAAUCUUAAUACGGCAAACUCGACCAGUAUUAAUUGUGGUUCUUGUACAAAUAUAGAUAUGCUGAUGAUGACGGCGACAGGCGGCACUCCUGUCAAUGGACUUGCACAGAAUGGAACGGAAUUUGGUUUUAGUAAUUUAUGUGUUUCGCUGGGAUACUAA